CCUUAGUCUGAAACAAAAUGGAGGAACACUGUGAGAGUUGCAAGCCUAUGCCGAGUACGUAUAUCAAAGGGUUUCACGAUGAACAAGCAGUUUCCAACAUGGAAUACCAACCCCUUGGAAAUACAGGACUACAAGUUUCUGUUUUAAGUUUUGGAGCAUCAUCUUUAGGUAGUGUAUUCAGAAAAACUGAUGAUUCAGAGUCAGUCCAAGUUGUGCAUCAUGCACUGAAGUCAGGCAUUAACCUGAUUGACACUGCACCUUGGUAUGGACAUGGAAAGUCUGAAAACGUUUUGGGUCAGGCACUUAAAGGAAUCCCAAGGGAGUCAUAUAUUUUGACAACAAAGGUUGGUCGUUAUCUGCCAGAAGUGGAAAAGAUGUUUGAUUUCAGUGCAGAAAGGGUGACCAGAAGUGUAGAUGAAAGCCUGGAGAGACUGGGCCUUAGUUACAUUGAUAUUAUACAGGUGCAUGACAUGGAGUUUGCCGAUUCAUUAGAUAUUAUUAUCAAUGAGACCCUACCAGCUUUGCAAAAGGUUAAAGAGCAAGGCAAAGUAAAGUUUAUUGGUAUAACUGGGUAUCCAUUACAGAAUUUCAGAACAGUCAUAGAGAAGAGCAAAGUUCCAAUAGAUACUGUUUUAACGUACUGCAGAUGCACCAUGCAUGAUACAGAACUGCUAGAAUAUUUACCAUUUUUAAAGGAACAUGGCAUAGGAGUAAUCAAUGCAUCACCCAUAUCAAUGGGUCUUCUCUCUCAUCGUGGGCCACCUGCAUGGCAUCCUGCUUCAAAAGAGACUAAAGAAAAGUGUCGACAAGCAGCUGAAUAUUGUCAGGCUCAGGGUGUGGAUAUCUCCAAGCUGGCCAUGCAUUUUACACUAAGUGUGCAAUCAAUACCUACUACAUUGGUCAGCACUGCAAGUCUAGAAAACCUGAAUAAAAACAUUGCUUCAGUGAAUCAAAAGCUCACUACAACUGAAGAGCAGGCUCUUAGUCAUGUUAUAAACAAUAUAUUCAAGCCAUGUGGCAACAUGUCAUGGGAAGGCAUUGAAGUAGCCCAGCACAGAGAAAAAUUGGAAAGCAUCAAAAGUGGUUCACAUUAAUUUGAGUUGAAUGCAUUCUGAUUAUCCUGCUACCACACCUCCUUUUCUCUGACAGAUCAA